CUGAAAGAAAGAAUUAUAUAAUUAAAGAUUCUGAAGUUUCAUAUUUUAUUACUGAUGAGGAAUGUAAUGAUUGGAUUGAAAACUUUUCUGGUAAAUUAAUUAAAUCAAAUACAACUGAUAUCACUAACCAAUCAGAUGAUAUAGUCGAAUCAGUAUGUUGUGGAGAAAAUCUUUGCUAUGUUAUGUACACUUCGGGGUCAACAGGAAAACCAAAAGGCGUAUUGAUCGAACAUAAAAAUGUUACAAGUUUAUUGAUGGACCCUAAAUAUGACCAUUUUAGAUACAAAGAUAGAGGACUAAGGGUAUUACAAGUUCUAUCCAUGGCUUUUGACGCAUCACUUUUGGGCUGGGCAAUGGCUAUUACAAAUGGUUCAACUAUUUGUUUUGCUAAAAAUCCAAAAUUAUUAGUUGGAGAUUACUUAUUAGAUGUCAUUAAAUGUAAUGAAAUAGAAGCAAUGGCAGUUGUGCCGACUAUCUUGUCUACCAUUUCACCUGAUAAGUGUAGUCAAACUUUUCAAUAUCUUGAGGUUGGUGGUGAAGUUCUUCCAAAUAAUUUAGCUUACCUUUGGAAGAAUCGUCUUAAGAACUUUUUUAAUUCUUAUGGUCCUACUGAAGUAGGUGUGAUGGCAACAGAUUAUGAUAUCAUACCUGAAAAUAGUCUUGUAGCAUUUGGAUCUGCAGUUGGAACUCCACGUGAUCACACUUCUAUAUAUAUCUGUGAUCCAAUAACGCAAGAAUUAUUAAGUGAUAAAGGCGAAAUAUUGAUUGGUGGUGCUGGAUUAGCGCGAGGAUAUUUGAAACGGGAAGAUAUGACUAAAGAACGUUUUAUAUUUCAUCCAAUAUUACAAAAACGUUUAUAUCGUACCGGUGAUCAAGGAUGUAUUCUGGAAGAUGGUAAAAUUGUUUAUUUAGGAAGGCUUGAUCGUCAAGUGAAGCUUCGUGGAUUUAGAAUCGAGCUUUCUGAGGUUGAAGCAAUAAUUUUGAGUAAAUGUCCAGAGAUUUGUCGUGUAUCAGUUCAAGUUAAUGAAGAAAAAGAGUCGUUGGUCGCAUUUGUUAUACCAAAAGAUAUAGACCAUAAAGCAAUUCGAAAUAAAUUGAGCAAAGCAAUGGCAAAAUUUCAAGUUCCGGAUAUCAUUCCAGUUGCUAAUUUGCCCUGCACACAUAAUGGAAAAACAGAUCAUGAUAAAGUUAAGAGCAAUAUGCCCGAAUUACUCAAGAAAGUUGUCGUAUCUAAAGUUUCAAGAUCUCAACAUAAAAAUUCUAAAGACUCACUUGUUUCGCAUCUACAAGUUCUAUGGCAGGAAGUCCUUGCUUUGGAUGAGAAACCAGAUAUUAACACUAAUUUCUUUGACCUUGGUGGUCAUUCUCUUUUAUUAUUGAAAUUACAAAAGAAAAUUCAAUGUCAAAUUCCUUCGGUUGACCUUGUAGACCUUUUCCAAAAUCCAACAAUUAAAGCUAUGGCGAAUUUUCUUAUGCCUACAGAUCAAUCUUUAGAUUUAAAUAAUUCUAUAAUUACGCUUAAUAAUAAUCAAGUAAUAACAGCAAGUGAAAUAGCAGUUAUAGGGAUGGUUGGGUGUUUCCCUGGAGCUGAUUCCGUUGAUGAAUUAUGGAAGAUGAUAAAAACUGGUCAGCAUGGGAUUUAUACAUUUACAAACAAAGAGCUUGACGAGAUGAAUGCAAAGAAUCGCAAUGAUCCUUAUUAUGUACCAAAAUGUGGAGUACUUUCAAAUAUUGACAAAUUUGAUGCUGAAUUCUUUAAAAUUAGUCAUCAAGAAGCAGUUUCAAUGGAUCCACAACAACGUUUACUAUUAGAAAAAAGUGUACAAGCUUUAGAUGAAGCAGGAAUCAAUCCACAGCAUGAAAAAGGAGGAAUUGGGGUAUUUGUUGCAAUUGAAAAUAGCACAUAUAAGAAUUACUCAUGUAAUAAUGAAAAUGAUCCUGCAAAAGAUUAUAGUGAUGACUUUAACAAUUCAUCUGGAAGUGCAGCAACAAGAAUUGCAUACCAUCUAAAUCUUAAAGGACCAGCAUUUUCUCUUAAUUCUGGUUGUUCGAGUUCCUUAACAGCAUUAAAAACUGCAUGGAACAGUAUUCAAUUCGGUGAUUGCAACGUGGCUGUAGUUGGUUCUGCCUCUAUUAGAUUGCCACAAUCUGGUUAUGUAGCACAACCAGGUCUUAUUCGUUCAGCAAAUGGAAUAUGUCGCCCAUUUGAUCAUAAUUCUGAUGGAACUAUUCUUGGAAAUUCCGUGUCAGUUAUUGUUUUGAAACGAUUAUCAGAUGCAAUUUCUGAUCAAAAUCCAAUUUCUGCUAUUAUCAAAUCAAUUGAGCUAAAUAAUGAUGGAAAUAAUAAAAUUGGUUAUACAGCACCAAGCGUAGAUGGUCAAUAUGAAGUGAUUAAAAAAGCUAUUCAAUCUGCUAAUAUUCUACCCGCUGAAAUUAGUUUUAUUGAAGCUCAUGGAACUGCUACUAAACUUGGUGAUCCAAUUGAAAUUAAAGCUCUUACAAAAGUAUUUACUGAACUCUCUUCAACAACUAAGAAGCAAUGCGCUAUAUCUUCUGUGAAAUCAAACAUUGGUCACUGUAAUAUUGCAGCUGGAUUCGCCGGAUUAAUAAAAACCAUUAAAGCAUUAGAGGACCGUGUUAUACCACCUAUGGCAAAGGGUCAUUUUGAAAAAAUUAAUCCAUUAAUAAACAUCUCAUCCAGUCCAUUUUAUAUUGCAUCCGAGCUGCAAAAAUUCAAUGAGACAGAAACAAUGUAUGCAGGAGUCAGCUCACUUGGUAUUGGUGGAACGAAUGGGCAUUGUAUUUUAGCCGAAUACAAAAAGGAAAAUUUCGAUUUUAAAGAUAAAAUGAAUACAGAGAACAUUAGAGUAAUUCUACCUUUUUCAGCAAAAUCUAUUAGCAGUUUAAAUAAUAUUAAGAAGGAAUUUAAGAAUUAUUUCAAAGGUUAUGACUUAACAUCAUGUAAUUUGUAUAAUUUAUGCAAUAUUGCGAGAACUCUUCAAAUUGGCAGAACUCAAUACGAAUUCCGUAGUAUGAUAACUGCCACAUCAAUUUCUGACGCAAUAAACCAACUUGAACAAACAAAAUCAACAGUACAUGUCACAUCUCCUAAAGAAAAUAUAAUAUUUGUGGUACCUGGACAAGGUAGCCAUUCUAUUUCAAUCCAUCGUCAUAUUUACAAAUCAUCAAUAUUGUACCAAGAAAAGUUCAAGAAAUGUGCAAAUAUUUUGCAACAAUAUGAUUCCACAAUACCAGAUCUUACCAGUUAUUUGGAAAAGGAUAUUUAUGAUAUAAAAUACGAUCCUUUAUUAAUUUUUGUUUCUAGUUACAUAUCAGCUGAAAUUCUCAGAUCAGUUUUCAAUGUACAAAUUUCUGGAAUUGUUGGACAUAGUCUAGGACAAUAUGUAGCUGCUACUCUUGCUGGCGUAUUUUCACUCGAAAUAGCUUUAAGAAUUGUAUUAAAAAGAACCCAAAUUAUGCAUAAAAUGGAAAAGGGUUCAAUGUUAGCUACUAAUUUAGAUAGAAAACUUGUAGACAACUUUAUAAAGACAGGAAAAAUAUCUUUAGCUGCAAUUAAUGAACAGAAGCAAUGUAUAUUUUCCGGGAGAUCAAAUGAUAUUGAAGAAUUAGCUAUAAUUCUUGAAACCCAAGAUUAUGAUGUCAAAAUUCUUAAUGGAGCAUAUGGAUUUCAUUCGCAUCUAACAGAUUCUAUUUUAGAUGAAUUUGAAAUAGAAAUUUCUUCAUUACUUGAUAAAGCAUUCCAACAAAACACUUCUGCGAUCAUUCCUUUUAUUUCAAAUACUUCUGGAAAAUGGGUUAAUGUUGAAGAUGCGUAUACUACAAAAUUUUGGAGAGAACAUUUACGAAAAACUGUCCAAUUUGAAGCUGGAAUAAAAACUAUUAAUUCAACAUUUUCUAAUCCAAUAUUUGUUAAUGUUGGAAUUGGUACUGUUACAAGUAAAUUGGUUCAAAGAAUAUUAAGUAAUAAGAUCACGAUCAUAAAUAGUUUUGAUUCCGACAAAACUAGUUUUGAAGAAAUAAUUGGAAACUGCUGGAGCAAUGGAAUUGAAAUUAAUUGGCUUAAUUACUAUAAGCACAUUUGUCCUUUGAUGGCAAAAACUCGACUUAUUCAAUUGCCUGGAUAUUCAUUUAAUCAUACUUGUAGUUACUGGGUCCAGCAAGAUUAUCAGAAACCAUUAGCAUUACUAAAAGCUAAUACUGAUAGUUUUGCAUCUAAUGAAAUAGAUCAACAGCCACUUAUAAAAUGCAACAAUUCGUUUACAAUUGAAAGUAGAGUAAUUCUUUGCUUUAAGAAUACUCUUGGUUUGAAAAAUAUUGAUAUAAAUAGUAAUUUUUUUGAUUGUGGUGGUAAUUCUCUUUUAGCAAUAUCAUUAAUCAGUUUAUUAAACAAAGAAUUUAAUAUUGGACUUUUAUCACCAAAUAUUUUGCUCAAUUCUCCAACUCCUUUUGAUUUAACUAAUCAUAUUAAGGCAAUUUUAAGCACAAAUAUUUUGCCUACAAUCAAUAAUGGCUUCAACAUGUCAACAUCGAUAACGAAACUUUAUCAAGGGAGCAAAGCUUUUAAGCCAAUUUAUAUGAUACAUCCAGUAGGUGGAUCAUGUAUAAUUUAUAAAGAUAUUAUUAAUUCAUUAGGAAAUAUAACAGUUUAUGGGUUUGAAUAUCCCGGACUUCAAGAUUCAACAGCACUAGAAUAUCAUUCUAUACAAGAUCUUUCUGAAAUUUACGUUAAAGAUUUGUUAAAAAAUAAUCCAACUGGUCCAUAUACUCUUCUUGGUUCUUCAUUUGGUGGAAUUGUGGCAUAUGAGAUGGGAUGCAAAUUAAUUAAGCAAAGAAAAUCCGUAAAUUUAAUUAUGGUGGAUACACCAGCUGGUCAAGAUCUUCCAAAGUCAAUACCACCAAGUGUCGCAAAAAUUUUACAUUAUAUUUACUCUAAGAAAUAUAAUUUAGAUGAAUUAAUAGAAAUGGAUGGUGAUGAUGAGAAAGCAUUACGAAUAGUUAUUGAAAAGGUAUCAACAUUAAAGCAAGAAAGCUCUGUGAUAACAUCAAUGAUGUUAAAAAGAAAUGUUGAUAUAUUUAAUUUUAAUGUAAAAGCAAUGAGAGCAUAUCAAUUAUCAAGAUCAGAAAGACCAAUACCAAUCAUAUAUUUCAAAGCAAAGAUAAGAAGAAAAGGUAUAGAUCCUGAAUUUCCAGAAAAAUCUUGGAUUAAAAUACAAGAAAUUAAUGGAGGAAAGUUCGAUUGUAUUGAAUUAGAUG